AUGUCAUGCCCAGAUCUAAAGGCUCAGGGAGAAACGUGUGGGAGGGGGCUGCUCCCUGUAGUCUUCCUGGACUUCAUUGAAAAGCAUGAGCCCGCAUGGUUCAAGACUGGCCAGAUUAAUGGUGAUCUGCUGAUAUACCACGUCUUGUUGACGUUGAAGCCAUACUACGCCAAGCCAUAUGAGAUUGUGGUGGACCUCACUCACGCUGGACCCAGCAACCGCUUCAAAACAGACUUCCUUUCCAAGUGGUUUGUUGUGUUCCCAGGAUUCGCUUACGAAAACGUCUCGGCCGUUUACAUCUACAACUGCAACUCUUGGGUGCGAGAGUACACCAAGUACCACGAGAGACUCCUGACGGGCCUCAAAGGCAGCAAGAGGCUGAUCUUCAUUGACUCUCCUGGGAAACUGGCGGAGCACAUUGAGCACGAGCAGCAGAAGCUUCCGGCCGCCACUUUGGCCUUGGAAGAAGACCUGAAGGUGUUCCACAAUGCCCUCAAGCUAGCCCACAAAGAUACCAAAGUGUCUAUCAAAGUUGGUUCUACUGCUGUCCAAGUGACUUCUGCCGAGCGCACAAGAGUUCUGGGCCAGACCGUCUUCUUGAAUGACAUUUACUAUGCCUCUGAAAUAGAAGAGAUCUGCAUGGUGGAUGAGAACCAGUUCACCUUAACCAUUGCCAACCAAGGCACCCCUCUCACCUUCUUGCACCAGGAGUGCGAAGCCAUCGUCCAGUCGAUCAUUCACAUACGGACGCGAUGGGAGCUGUCGCAGCCGGAUUCUAUCCCGCAGCACACAAAAAUCCGCCCCAAGGAUGUCCCAGGAACUCUGCUGAACAUUGCGUUGCUCAACCUGGGAAGCUCAGACCCGAGUCUACGGUCCGCAGCCUAUAAUCUUCUCUGUGCCUUAACCUGUACCUUUAAUUUAAAGAUUGAGGGCCAGUUGCUGGAGACUUCGGGUCUGUGUAUUCCUGCCAACAACACCCUUUUUAUUGUCUCCAUUAGUAAGACUCUGGCAGCUAAUGAACCACACCUUACCUUAGAGUUUUUGGAAGAAUGCAUUUCUGGAUUUAGCAAAUCUAGUAUCGAAUUGAAACACCUCUGUCUGGAAUACAUGACUCCUUGGCUGUCAAAUCUGGUCCGUUUCUGCAAGCACAAUGAUGAUGCCAAAAGGCAGCGAGUUACGGCAAUUCUUGACAAACUUAUCACAAUGACCAUAAACGAGAAGCAGAUGUAUCCUUCCAUUCAGGCCAAGAUCUGGGGGAGUCUGGGACAGAUAACAGACCUGCUUGAUGUUGUGCUGGACAGUUUCAUCAAGACCAGUGCCACAGGGGGGCUGGGAUCCAUCAAAGCGGAAGUCAUGGCAGACACCGCAGUGGCUCUAGCUUCUGGAAAUGUCAAACUGGUUUCCAGUAAGGUAAUUGGAAGGAUGUGCAAAAUAAUCGACAAGACCUGCCUGUCUCCGACUCCCACAUUGGAGCAGCACUUGAUGUGGGAUGACAUUGCCAUUCUAGCCCGUUACAUGCUGAUGCUCUCCUUUAACAACUCCCUGGAUGUGGCAGCGCAUCUCCCUUACCUCUUCCACGUGGUGACUCUGCUGGUGGCCACCGGGCCGCUUUCCCUGAGAGCUUCCACCCACGGCCUGGUCAUCAACAUCAUUCACUCUCUGUGCACUUGUUCACAGCUCCACUUUAGUGAGGAGACAAAACAAGUGUUGCGUCUCAGCCUAACAGAGUUCUCCCUGCCCAAGUUCUAUUUGCUGUUUGGAAUCAGCAAGGUGAAGUCGGCUGCCGUCAUAGCAUUCCGAUCCAGCUAUCGGGACCGGUCGUUUUCUCCGGGCUCCUAUGAGAGGGAGACUUUUGCACUGACCUCUCUGGAAACAGUGACAGAAGCUCUGCUGGAGAUCAUGGAGGCCUGCAUGCGAGACAUCCCGACUUGCAAGUGGCUGGACCAGUGGACCGAACUAGCGCAAAAGUUUGCAUUCCAGUAUAACCCCUCCCUCCAGCCAAGGGCCCUCGUUGUCUUUGGCUGCAUAAGCAAGCGAGUGUCACAUGGGCAGAUAAAGCAAAUCAUCCGGAUCCUUAGCAAGGGCCUGGAGAGCUGCUUAAAGGGACCAGACAACUACAACAGCCAAGUUCUGAUAGAAGCCACGGUCAUUGCACUCACCAAGCUGCAGCCUCUUCUCAAUAAGGACUCGCCUAUGCACAAGGCCCUCUUUUGGGUGGCCAUGGCUGUUCUGCAGCUGGAUGAAGUCAACCUGUAUUCAGCAGGGACGGCUCUCCUCGAGCAAAACCUCCACACUUUGGACAACCUUCGGGUGUUCAACGACAAAAGCCCAGAAGAAGUCUUCAUGGAGAUCAGGAGGCCGCUGGAAUGGCACUGCAAGCAGAUGGACCACUUUGUGGGACUCAAUUUCAACUCCAACUUCAACUUUGCACUUGUGGGACACCUGCUGAAAGGGUACCGGCAUCCCUCUCCAACCAUCAUUGCCAGGAUGGUACGGAUUCUACACACGCUUCUCUCUCUAGUUAAUAAGCACAGGAAUUGUGACAAGUUUGAGGUGAAUACCCAGAGUGUGGCUUACCUUGCAGCUUUGCUGACAGUGUCCGAGGAGGUCCGAAGCCGGUGCAGCCUGAAGCACGGGAAGUCUGUCCUUGUGCCGGACAUGUCCAUGGAGAAUGUGCCGAUGGACACCUAUCCCAUGCACCACAGUCAUGCCAGCUGUAGGACCCUCAGAGAAAACCAGCCGUGGGCGUCUCCCAAGGGCUCUGACAGGCAUCUCGCCGCCAGCUACCCGACCGUGGGGCAGAUCAGUCCUCGCACCAGGAAGUCCAUGAGUCUGGACAUGGGGCAGCCCUCGCAAGCCACCACGAAGAAACUGCUCGGUACAAGGAAGAGUUUUGACCAUUUGAUAUCAGACACAAAGGCACCCAAAAGACAGGAGAUGGAAUCAGGGAUCACCACACCUCCCAAAAUGAGGCGGGUAGCAGAAAAUGAUUACGAAAUGGAAACGCAAAGAAUAUCUCCGCAGCAGCAGCAUCCGCACCUCCGGAAAGUGUCUGUCUCAGAGUCGAAUGUCCUCCUGGAUGAAGAAGUCCUCACCGAUCCCAAAAUCCAAGCCCUCUUGCUGACUGUCCUUGCUACCCUAGUGAAGUACACUGCAGAUGAGUUUGACCAGCGAAUAUUGUACGAGUAUUUGGCAGAAGCCAGUGUUGUUUUCCCAAAGGUCUUUCCCGUUGUGCACAAUUUACUGGAUUUCAAGAUCAACACCCUCUUGUCGCAGUGUCAGGAUCCAAAUUUGUUGAAUCCAAUCCAUGGCAUUGUUCAGAGUGUGGUCUAUCACGAAGAAUCUCCACCCCAAUACCAAACCGCGUAUCUACAAAGUUUUGGGUUUAAUGGUUUAUGGAGGUUUGCAGGACCAUUUUCCAAGCAAACGCAGAUCCCAGACUAUGCUGAGCUGAUAGUGAAGUUCCUCGAUGCCUUGAUUGACACCUACUUGCCCGGCAUCGAUGAGGAAACAAGUGAGGAGUCCCUGCUGACACCCACGUCUCCAUACCCACCUGCUGUGCAGUCUCAGCUCAGCAUCACUGCGAACCUUAACCUUUCCAAUUCCAUGACCUCACUUGCCACUUCCCAGCAUUCCCCAGGAAUUGAUAAGGAAAACGUGGAACUGUCCCCAACCGCAGGGCACUCCAACAGUGUGCGGACGCGCCACGGUUCAGCGAGCCAAGUCCAGAAGCAGAGGAGCACCGGCAGCUUCAAACGUCACAGCAUUAAAAAGAUUGUGUGACGCUGUCUCCUUUUUAAAAAAAAUAUUUUGUUUUUUCUAAAAAAAGCAACCCCCCCCCCCAAAAAAAACAACGGAUGUGUAUAAUCCAGGCUUCUUACUCAUGCCCCCUCCCCCACCCCAGGCAAGUGGCUGAGCUGUGCGUAGUUGUGAAUCACCACCUCUGACCCGGUCAGCCCUGCAGCCGGAAGAUCCAUUCUUGAAAUGUGGGUCUGGAUUUUCAUUUUUGUAGCUCUUUUUCUCUUCUGUUUCGGGUUCCUCUGACUUUUGUUUUUUUAGUUGGUAAUCACUGAUUUGCUGAACCAGAACCCAAAGAAACCAGGGAAUCGUGGUGGUCAUGUCAAGUCUGGAAUUGUUUUCUUCUGACACUUUUUUGUAUUGUAAAAUGUCUUCUCCGCUAUCUCUUUUAAAGAAAAAAGUGUUCCUUGUUA